AUGAUACAAAUAUUCGCCAUAAUUUUUUGCACUUUGGAGUUUAUUCGACUUUGUACGGGACAAGAUGCCAAUAUUGUGUUGGAUCAAGGAACGAUUGUUGGGUUAAAAAUCUUCCCCGAAACAUCCCGAACUGCCGUUUACACUUACCUCGGAAUCCCUUACGCUAAACCGCCCGUUGGCAAUUUACGUUUUACUCCUCCGCAACCGCAUCCUGGCUGGAACAGAACCCUCAUGACCCGAAGUUUCAAACCACUUUGCCCGCAACUCGACAACAACAUCUACGAAGAAGUCGAGAACGGCUUCAAUAACUUCAACAACAAAAUCACGAACGAAGAUUGUCUCUUUUUGAACAUUUGGACACCUGAAACAGCCUUUCGUUACGGCAAUUUUCCCGUUGUCGUGAUGAUAACUGGCGAAGACAUGUCCUUCGAUUGGCUAAUUAACCGCCCUGCUGGUUUAGAUCUCGCCAGUGAAGGAGUCAUCGUUGUCACCGUUCAAUAUCGCACGAAUGUCUUCGGAUGGUUAACCUUAGAAAAUGAAGAUGCUCCAGGAAAUCUUGGAUUAUUAGAUCAAAAUUUGGCUUUAAAUUGGGUUAAAAGCAACAUUCACAAGUUCGGCGGUGACGCGAGUAAAGUUACGUUACUCGGACAUGGAUCGGGCGCUACUUACGCUACUCUUCAUUUAAUGAGUUCUCGUGCCAGGACCUUAUUCGAUCAAGUAAUUCUGAUGUCCGGAAGUGUUUUUAACAAAUUUUACGAUUUUACGCGUGAAAAUGGUCCGUCGCCAUCGGAAAAAGCGAUUCAAAUAUUAGCUUGUGAUGCCCCGGAGAAAAGUUACAUUUUGAAAUGCCUUCAGGAAAAAAGUGUUUCCGACAUAACUCGAGCUUUUGACAAUAUUUACAAAAACGGGAACUUUACAUCGCUUUUUGGGCCAAUAAUUGAUCAGGAUUUCAUGCCACGCUCGAAGGUCUACAUCCGAGAUGACCCCCGAAAAUUACUUCAAACCGGAAAUUUCGACGAAAUUCCCAUCAUGUUGGGUCUAAAUAGCAACGAAGGAGCUUUUAUCCACGAACAAUGGGUUGAUUUCGCGAAACAAGGCUUUCGUAGCCUUAAAAGACACAUUGAUCGAGUCAUUUUGCCUCAUACACAAUAUCACUACGGAUUGACUGGAAUGGGUCAGAAACAGAUAACCGAAGCAAUUAAUUGGAAAUAUUUCGAUCAAAUCCCGAAAGCACCCGCGCAUCUCCUGAACGCCUUGCAAAAACUCGUUUCUGAGACCAAAUAUGAAGUUCCCUUCUACGAAACGAUCGAAAUUCUGUCAAAAACGAAGCUUUUAACUCUCACAAACGAAGUUAAACCUGAAAAUUCAACAAUUUUUCCGAUCACAAGCCCUGAACUCGCCGGUCCGACACGCGAAAAGACCAAUUUCUUCGUCUAUCUGUUCCAACAAUCCAACACGAUGGACAUGCGCGGCAAGGUAAAUCACUUUGGCGGCGCCUCACACAGCUCAGACUUGCCAUAUUUGCUCGGGCCAAGCCUUUAUCAGCAAAUAGGUCGUAAAAAAAUGACAAGUAUCGAAGAAAAGCUUUGUCGGAAGAUGAAAUCGCUCUUUGCGGACUUUAUUAAAACGGGAAAUCCCACUCCAGGUCGCUUGUACGAUGCUUGGCAUCCGUUCACGUUCAGCCAUAAAUACAUCAAAAUCCUUUCCUCGAAGCCAGAAUCGCUUUUUAAUAAAUUUGGGGCACCAACCAGUGGGCAACAGGACUCGGAAGAGAUGAAUUUCCACGAAAUUGAGGCUUUAUUGCAUCCCAGCACGGAUGACGUUCAAAUCGUAACCAGCGAUGUCACCGCAAGUCGCAAUCCCUACGUCUUGGGAACUGAAAGAGAAGUCGAUCAAACAGCGAGGCAGAGUAAAAGUUCCCCGAAUUUCGUCGAAACGAUGCGAGAUUCCGAAUAUUAUUAUUAUUUGAAGAAAGUUUACGCGUUUUGGAGUAAUUUUCUGCCGAAAUUAGCUCUUAUGCUUGAACAAGAUCGCGAUUAUCGGCGUGAUAUUGAUGCCGAACAAGAAAGAUUGCUCGAAAAUACGUCACCAAAGUACAAACACGCAUUUUUCUCGAUGCUAACACUCGUCUGUCUCCUACUGGCGAUCUUGUGUGUUUGCGUUUACAUCCUCAAGAAGAACGAUGCGGGCUUUAAUAACAGCAUUUUAUGA